AUGGUAAGCUGCUUUUCAAGUUUAAUUCUUCGUUUUCUUUUAUUUUUGCUUAUUCUGUCAAAAGUAUUCAAUAGAUACAAAAGAGUUUCUCUCUCUCCAUUUGCUCCCUUCUCUCUCCUCUCUCUCCUCUCUCUCUCUCUCUCUCCCUCCCUCCCAUACACAUUAAGUUCUGUGAAGAUCGAUAACAGAACGAGUGGAUACCCCUCACUAUCUAUCUAUCUAUCUAUCUAUCUAUCUAUCUAUCUAAUGUUCAUUUUCUCUCUCUCUCUGUCUCUGUCUGUCUGUCUGUCUCUCUGUCUCUCUCUCUCUCCCGCUUUCGCUGCACACAUAUCAUCUUGCACUUUUGUCUCAGUUGGGGAUACAAACAUUCUUCAUAUUAUACUCAUCACUUUUUCUUUCCUCUCUCUCUCUCUCUCUCUCUCUCUCUCUCUCUCUCUCUGUCUUCUCUCUUCUGUCCCCUCUCUUUCGUUCUUUCCUUCUCUCUUUUUCUUUCCAAUUUCUGUUUUUCUUCCCUCUCUCUAUUUUUCUUUGCCUUCUCUAUUUUCCUUUCCUCUCACUCUUUUUCCCCCUCUCUCUUUUUCUUUCACCUCUCUCCGUUUUUCUUUCCUCUUUCGCUUUUUCUUGUACACACUGGCAUUCCCUCAUUACCAGUGUUUCUAUUACUUUUCAAUCUUGCUGUCAAUCUAUUUUAUAUGUCCAUCUACUUAUAUCCACAUGAAAAAUAAUUUCUCAUUUUUCUUUUUCUCCCUUAUAAACAUAUACGCUCUCUCUUUCUUUCGUAACUCUCCGUCUCUCUAUUUCUGUGUGCGUGUGCCCCACUCUUAUUUUUCUGCAUUUCUAUAUUUCCUUCUUUUUCUUCUGGUUUUCUUUCUUUCUGUUUUCGUCUUUUUCUUUGUGUCGUUGUCUUUUUCUUUCUUUCUGUCUUCGUCUUUUUCUUUGUGUCGUUGUCGUUUUCUUUUCUUUCUGUCUUCGUCUUUUUUCUUUGUGUCGUUGUCUUUUCUUUCUUUCUGUCUUCGUCUUUUUCUUUGUGUCGUUAUCGUUUUCUUUCUUUCUGUCUUCGUCUUUUUCUUUGUGUCGUUGUCGUUUUCUUUCUUUCUGUCUUCGUCUUUUUCUUUGUGUCGUUGUCUUUUUCUUUCUUUCUGUCUUCGUCUUUUUCUUUGUGUCGUUGUCUUUUUCUUUCUUUCUGUCUUCAUCUUUUUUUUGUGUCGUUGUCUUUUUCUUUCUUUCUGUAUAUGUAUCUUUCUUUCAUGUCUUUUUCUUUCUGUCUGUCUUUUUCUUUCUUUUUGCCUUCCUUUCUUUCUUGCUUUCUUUCUUUCUUUCUGUUAUUCUUCCUUUCUGUCUUUCUUUCUUUCCUUCUGUCUUUGUCUUUCUUUGUUUUUCUUUCUUUCUGACUUUCUUAAUUUCUUUCUCUUAUUGUAUGUCUCACUUUGUAUGCCUUUCUUUCUGUUUUUAUCUUUCUGUAUUUGUCUUUCUUUUUUUUGCCUGUUUUUAUUUCUGUCUAUCUUUCUUUCUUUCUUUCUUUCUUUCUUUCUUUCUUUCUUUCUUUCUUUCUUUCUUUGUGCCUUGCCAAAACCCUCUAGCUUUUUAAUCGUUCUCUCAUUGGUUAGUAAAGUUUAUAAUGUUUUUUUUUUCUUUUUUUUUCAUUUUUCUGUUUUCUUUCCUCUUUUUUCUCUUUCGUCUCUUUUUCGUUUUACGCCUUUCUUUCUUUUUACUUCUUUCUUUCUUUUGACUUCUUUCUUUCUUUUUCCCCCGUUUUCUUUGUCUCUCUCUUUCUUUCUUUCUUUCUUUCUUUUUCUCGCUCUUUCUUUCUUUCUUUCUUUCACUCUCUCUUUCUUUUUUCUUCUUUUCCUUUAUUUUCUCUCUAUCUCUCUUUUUAUUUUUCCCUUUCUCUGUUUCUUUUCUCUUUCUUUCUUUCUUUCUUUUUCUUUCUUUUCCUUUCUUUUUUCUCUAUCAUUUUCUUUUUCCCUUUCUCUGUUUCAUUUCUCUUUCUUUCUUUCUUUCUUUCUUUAUUUCUUUGUCUCUUUCUUUCUCUCUCUUUCUUUUUCUCUCUCUCUCUCUUUCUUUCUUUUCUGUGUCGUAAAAUAA